AUCCAACAGUCGACACAAGAGCUGCUCAGAAAGGACCAAAGUACAACACCGGACCCACCCAGAGCACUGACUGUGGCUCAGAAUGGCUGCUGCUGUGAAGUUUGAGGACCAGUUCCUCUGCUCCAUCUGUCUGGAUCUGUUCACUGAACCAGUGACCACCUCAUGUGGACACAACUUCUGCAAACAGUGUCUCUCUGAGCACUGGGACACCAGCGCCCCCUGCAGGUGCCCUCUGUGUAAAGAGCUGUUCCACAUAAAGCCAGAGCUCAAAGUGAACACGCUGCUCUCAGAACUGCUCUCUCAGUUCAAACAGGAAACAGGAAGUAGUUGUGAACAAGAGUCCAGAGCAGGAGAAGUGUCCUGUGAUUACUGCACUGAUCCCAAACUGAAGGCGCUGAAGUCCUGCCUGGUCUGUCUGUCCUCAUACUGUGAGACGCACCUCCAGCCUCAUCUGAACGUGCCUGGGCUGAGGAGCCACCAGCUGAUCCAACCUGUGGACAACAUGGAGGAGAGGAUGUGUCCCCAACACCACAGACCUCUGGAGCUCUUCUGCUGCAACGACCACCUCUGCGUCUGCACCAUGUGCUCUGUUUUAAAGCACCAGUCCCAUAAGUUUGUGACUCUGAAGGAAGAGUUCGAGCGGAGAAAGGCCUCACUGCAGCAGACUCAGGAGCAAAGCCUGCACAUGGUGGAGCAGAGGAGGCUGAAGAUCCAGGAGCUCCAGAGCUCAGUGCAGCUGAGUGAGAGAGCAGCCCACACAGAGAUGGCCACAGGGCUGCAGGUCUUCAGUGCUCUGAUAGAGUGUGUUGAGAGGAGCAGAGAGGCCUUCAUACAGGAGCUCCAGGAGAGGCAGAGACAGACCCAGAAACAGGCUGAAGCCCUGAUCCUGGAGCUACAGCAGGAGAUCUGUGCUCUGCAGCAGAGAAGCACUGAGGCAGAGACACUCCAACACUCUGAAGACCACCUGCACUUCCUCCUGCACAGCACUGCACUCACGCCCCCUACUGGCCUGAAGGACUGGAGCAGAGUGACACUGGACUCAGAGGCGUAUCAGGGGACUGGAGCCCGGGCUCUGGCUGAGCUGGACGACAGUCUGAAGGAGACACUAAAGAAAACCAUCUCUGAAGAAAAAAUGAAGAUGGUUAAGGCCGAACUGAGGAGAGUGAGACAGUUUGCUGUGGACCUCACUCUGGACACAGACACAGCUAAUGUUAAUCUGUUUGUGUCCAAAGAUCUGAAGCAGGUUCAUCACACGGAUCAGAAGAACUUCAGAGACAGUCCUCAGAGAUUUUCAUGGAAAAAUGUUUUAACAAAGCAGAGAUUUUCUUCAGGAAAAUUCUACUUUGAGGUUCAAGUCAAAGGGAAGAUUUCAUGGACUGUGGGAGUGGCCAAAGAAUCUGUUCAAAGGAAAAAGAACUUUAUGCAAACUCUGACCAGUGAAUAUGGAUACUGGUGCCUUUAUAUGAGAAACAUAGAUGAGUAUGAGGCUUGUCCUGACCCUCCAGUCCGUUUGACUCUGAAGUGUCCUCCUCAAAAGUUGGGCGUGUUUGUGGACUAUGAUGAGGGUCUGGUCUCCUUUUAUGAUGUUGAUUCUGCAGAUCUCAUCUACUCCUUCACCAGCUGCAGCUUCAAUGAGAACCUGGUUCCAUUUUUAAAUCCAUGUUAUAAUUUUGAUGGUAAAAACUCUGCUCCUCUGGUCCUUACUGCAGUGAAAAAGUGGUAUUAAAAUAUCACCAAUGAUGAUCAUUUAGCAGGCCAUUAUUUAAUGAAGAACUAAUUUCUUAUUUCUACUAUUACUAGGUUAUUACCAUUGUGCUUUUCAAUGAAGAUAAUGUUAAAUAUUCAUCCAUCAUGUAAGUGGAGUACUGAACACAUUUUGAAUAUUGUUAGUCCAAAAAAAACAUUCACAGAGAAAGUGUCUGAUUGUGUCAUUUACUCUUUUUUAUUUAAUAGUACACUCAGAGCAACUUAAACACAGACUGAGGAGGCUCUAAAGUAGCUUAGAAACAUGACUAAUGAGACAAUGUAUGAAACCACUGUUUGCAUCACCUCUGCAAUAAACAUAUGACAAAAAAACAGGACUAAUUAAAGAGUAUUUGUUUUACCUCUGUGAUGUGUU